AGUACUGAGAGAGAGAGAGAGAGAGAGAGAGAGAGAGAGAGAGAGAGAGAGAGAGAGAGAGAAUCAAUUCAUCAAUCAAUCCCCACCCCUACGCUACAAUACAAUUACAAUGCAUUACAGACACAGUUAGGUAAUUAGUCACACCACGACGAUACCAAGGAAAAGAAAGAUCCCUCAUCUCCAUCUUAAUUAAUUAAUUCGGAAUCAUCGGUGUACAGUACAGGUACUCGUUCAGCAGCAAUGGCAGUCGCCGUCACCGCCGCCGCCGCCGUGAUUUUGGUCGUCUUUGUCUAUGGAGACAGAGGAGGAGGUCUGGAACGAACACAACAACAGCCUUACAGAAGCGCGUUCCAUUUUCAACCCCACAAAAACUGGAUGAACGGGCCUAUGUACUAUAAGGGAGUGUACCAUUUGUUCUAUCAGUACAAUCCAUACGGUGCAAAAUGGGGCAACAUCACCUGGGCUCAUUCUGUCUCCCACAACCUCAUCCAUUGGAUUCAUCUCCCCCACGCCAUCCAACCCUCCCACCCCUUCGACAUCCAGGGCUGCUUUUCUGGCUCUGCCACCAUUCUUGCAUCCCAUCACCAUCAUCAUAAGCCCCUCAUUCUUUACACCGGACUGUCCUCCACCAACCAACAGGUUCAAAAUCUUGCAACGCCCAAGAAUAUGUCGGAUCCCUUUUUGAUCGAAUGGGACAAGUCCUCACACAAUCCCCUGAUGACACCCCCUGUUGGGAUCAUCAAUCCGAAUUCCUUCAGGGAUCCGACAACCGGAUGGCGAGGCGCUGACAACACGUGGCGCGUAGUGAUUGGCGGCGAGAUCGAUGGCCACGGAGCUGCCGUCCUCUACAAGAGCGACGACUUUGUCACCUGGGAAAGGGCUCACAGCCCCUUACAUUCGUCCAACAAGACAAACAUGUGGGAGUGUCCUGACUUCUAUCCAGUUCGUGUGCAUGGCAAGAAGGGGAUCGCCACAUCCACCAAUGGUGGUGUCGGCAUCAAGCAUGUCUUGAAGGCCAGCUUCCACGAUCACGACUAUUACAUACUUGGGACUUACGACACCAAAACUGAUCGAUUCAAUGUUACUGUCGACUUUAUGGAUGAUAAGGUCCAGUUAAGAUACGACUAUGGGCUGUUUUAUGCAUCAAAAUCAUUCUAUGAUCCGGGCAAGAAACGUCGGUUAUUGUGGGGUUGGGUGACUGAAGCCGAUAGCGAGGCAAAUCAAGUCAAAAGAGGAUGGUCCGGUCUUCAGUCGAUGGUUAGAAGUGUAUCGUUGCAUAAAACCAAGAAGCAGCUUAUUCAAUGGCCUGUCAAAGAGGUUGAGAAGCUUCGUAGGAAGAAAGUUUCCAUGAAGAAUAAAGAGCUCGUGAACAAUAGCGUCAUUGAAGUUGAAGGAAUCUCAGCUUCACAAGCUGAUGUUGAGGUAUCGUUCCAUUUGCCCAACUUGGAAGGCGUGGAAUUGAUCAAUGAGAAUAUGAAAACCGAUUCCCAGCUUCUGUGUAGACGAAUGAACGCAUCGGUUGGAGGUAAAACCGGGCCUUUUGGGCUGUUAGUCUUGGCUUCAAAGAACUUGACAGAACAAACUGCCAUAUUCUUUCGGGUAUUCAAAAUUGGUGGCAAAUAUGCAGUGCUAAUGUGCAGUGAUCAGAGCAGAUCAUCAGUGGAAACACCUGUCAAAGAACCUAUCUUUGGGGCAUUUGUUGACAUUGACCCAAGUCGUGGGAUCUCCCUCAGAACUCUGAUUGAUCAUUCGAUCGUGGAGAGUUUUGGCGGGCGAGGAGUGACUUGCAUAACUGCUAGAGUUUAUCCCAAAUUAGCCAUUGCUGGAAACUCCCACAUCCAUGUAUUCAACAAUGGGGAGAAGAACGUCGUCGUUUCGACCCUCAGGGCAUGGAGCAUGGAGAAAGCUCACAUUGGAUAGGAUAGGAUAGGACUGCAAUGUUUAAAGUGGAAGGAAGUGCUUCAAUUAAGAUUAUUUACCAAGAAACAUUCAGCUAUUCUCGAAAAAAUUCAUCAAUAAUCAAUCUGAUCUCCAGUCAGUUUAUAUAUUUUGCUUCAGAAAAAAAUAAAAAAGUAGAGCUUCUAAGUUGUAAUAAGUUGGAUCGAGGCACUGCACUGGAAAUAUGAUAAA